AUGACCCGUACCAUACGCCAACCUAGUCCUCGAAGCUCACAGGUCAGCACUUUCCGUGACCACCCUGAUCGCCGACCGACCACCGUGGCCCCCAUCCUCAACGCCUUCUCCCCCAGUGGCCGACCGGACGGGCAAUGGGGGAUGCCUCCUUUGUCGGCAUACACUUCGUUUGAGUCCCUCUUGUUUUUCCAGUCUCUAGCGACUUCCGAUUCCCGACCGACAAGCUUCGGCUCAAUUUCAACCCUUUUGCGCAAUAAUCACCUCGUGCGCGAAAAUGUCGAUUUCGAUGCCGAUCGCCUGACCCCAGAGGCGCUGGAAGAUCUCUAUGCGACAUUAAUGCACGAUGGAUUCAAUCGUGAUGGUGCGCUCUCGGUCAACGGACGAUCUGCAGAUACCUCUAUUCCGCCCAAUCCAAAGAAACGAAAGAUCUCUAGUCCGCGACCAGAUGGACUGACCGGCGGUUUCACUCAUGCCACGCUCAUCCCAGAACUAGUGACACAACUUUAUGCCAAAUUCAGAGACCUAGUCACCAGGGAAAUUAGGGAUGAUGAGAAAAAAUACACAGAAAUCAGGGCUGAGCUGGAACGGCUACAGCAGGAGGGCGAGAAACCCGUCGUUGCGGCAGCUACAGCAUACACACCGGUGAAGGCGGUGCCAAUCGAAGGAAAUGAUGCUGUUACGAAGGAAGAGGUACCGCGCCCACAUGUACAAGAUCAGAUAGGUCAACCUGUUCCGACGGCCAUCCCUCUCGCCGAGGACAAGGCAAAGCUCAAACUACAACACAUCGCGAUAAAUGUGCCACCUACGACAAACGACCAUCCGAAAACACACCCCAUCCCUCCUGUGACCCAAAUUCAAGCUCCACAUCCCCAAGUGCAAGCCCCGACACCCGAAACGCCAGACAUAGCUGGGCAAGCACCUCAAAUGCAGCCGAUCGCCACUCAUCCCCAACCGAAACCAUUCAUCCAUCCUACACUUGCUCCGUCUAUCCAGAAAGUCCCCCCAACCACACCAGCCGGGCCGCGAGUGACCCCAGCACAUCCAUCGCAAAUCGCACCUCGUGCCAAUCCUGUCCCACCUGCGCCUAUUGUUACGGGCAAGGCUGGCCCGUUGGCGCCGGCAUCCCAACGAACCCCUGCCCAGCCGAGUUUCCAGCAGUGGCAGCUGGAUCCUUCUCCCCACUCACCAUACCCGGUCGCCUCAGUUGCUGCUACACCUCAAGCAGCCCAGGCCACUACCAAGCGACCUAUUCCACCACCUCUCACCAACCCGCCUUUGCCAGGGUCACAAGCCCAGACCCCCCAUCGACCUUCUGUUCCACAAACACCCAGCGCCAUCCCGUCCACAGUUCACACGCCAGUCCCAAUUGGCCGCCCGCGUGUUUCCCAAACCCCAAGUGCCACAUUCCCCUCUUUCUCUGAAUCGCGCGCCUCUCAUCCACGCCUAUCAAUUGACACACAAGGCUCCUCCACACCGUGGAAGAGAACACCUCGCCCGAAGGUUUCGCUCUCUCCUAGCUCACCACCACGGCCACGGCCGGAGGAUGUCAGUCCCAUCAGUGAACGCGGCCAAUCACCCAUUGAUGCGAUGGAAAUGUCACCUCCUCCGAGAAUCAAUCUGGGCCAACGAGCUCCAUCUGCGGAAGAUAAGAAACCCCGACGCGGCCAGCCUGACGUCAAACCCGCCCCCAUCAUCAAGACCGAGAAACUAGCUUCAAUUCGGAGGACGCGAGCCGUAAGUUCGGCCUCUUCCCGGAGUCGCGGGCGAUCCAUGGCUUCACGCGAUGGGUCUGCUGCGCCAUCGGAAGACACUCUACGUGAAUCACGAGCAACGGGUCGCCGUAAAGGUGCAGCUGCUACCGCGGAUGAAGGGACUCCUAGACCGCGGACAAAACGCAAACGCGGUGCAAGUGAAGCAGUGGAUCUUGAACCCCACCCGGCGGAUAUUCCAAGAUUUGACACGACUCAGUAUGUCAUGGCCACGCGCAACUUCCAUCGGACGGCGGCACCGAUCAUGAAUGAUGUAGCUACCCACAAGCUUGCCUCCAUCUUUGCCAAGCCAAUUAACGAACGUGACGCCCCCGGCUACCACGAUCUCAUCUACCGGCCAUCUGACCUCAAGUCGAUCAAAUCUGCUAUACACCAGGGAAGCAAAGCCGUCGCCACUGCAGGAGAAUCAGCCAGCACCCCAGCCGGGGAUGGAGAGUCUCCCGUUCCUGGUGGCACACCGUCCAAAAGCGGCGUGCUGAUGUUACAGAAAAAUGAGGACUUCAUCCCACCCAAGGGAGUUGUGAACUCUGCACAACUGGAGAAAGAGUUAAUUCGCAUGUUUGCCAAUGCCAUCAUGUUCAACCCAAUUCCUCAGCGAGGAUUUGGACCUGCUUUCCCCAUGUCUACUGACCGUGGUUCCCGUGAGAGUACCCAGCUGGGUGAUUCUGGCGAGGGUGGCAUCAUCCAUGAUUCGUUGGAGAUGUUUGAGGAUGUUCAGCAAGCUGUGACUCGCUGGCGGGCUGCUGAACGCACUGCUGAUGAAUUGGCUAAUAAGAAUAUCCUCUCACUUCGGCGUGGAAGUGCUAGUGAUUUUAACACUGACAGUACUGAUGAUGUGAAAGGGUGA